AAUGAAUUAAUUAAGUGAAACAUAGUCAUCGAUAUGUGUGUUGUUGUUCGAGAAGCAAAACAGUAAUUUUGUAUUAAAAUUUCAUCAUAUUAAUUCAGUUAUUAGUAGAUUGUUUUCGAUGGAAUGCAGAGUUCAUCAAUAUAUAAUAAAUGAUUCACGCUUAUUUGAUAAUUCCAUCGUAGUUCGGUGCAAUUCGGUGCUUCAUGUCUAGUAGCCAAAAACAAGAACAGAACAAUUGAAAUACCAUACUUAGAUUGCAUUUUACGAAUUAUAACGACGAUUCGCGAAGAGAGCUCCUUUUCGCCAGCCGGAUCAUUCUUUUUUCUUGGUGGCCCGGUUGCCGAGCAACAAUUACUGUCAUCGAUUGGAUAAUAAAUAAAUUUGAAUAUCAUUAAGUGAUUCAGCAACAAAAAUGGCGCAGAAAUGGGAUAUUAAAUACCAUAUUGAAAAUUGUUAAAUGACCAUGUACAAACCGACCGAAGUUUAAAUUGUAGAUAAAUACAACGAAAUAAUGUAAUUUUUUGCUUGUGUAUGUGGCAACAAUGGUGUAGAUUAAAUUUAUCGAUAACACCUCAUCGACUCAUUUUUAAUUGUUGUUCUACCUUUUAUCAUUUUGAAGCGAAAAAAAAUAUAUGAUAAAAUCCACCUAAACAAUACGUGUAUUGUGACAGCGCAAAAAAAAAGAUAAAUCAGCAGACCAAUUUUGAAUUUUCAGUCGGCUGUGGAGGGGGGCCACGGAUGCAUGCCACAUACAUACACUAUUUCUAUACAUAAUCGACACCAAAAAUGUCAUACGGGCGCAUGAGAUGGAAAAUACAAGCGAUUGCCUCAGUCAAAAUAGUGCAACGCAUAUCAAUCAUUUCCUAGUAGAAAAGUACAUUUACAACGAACUAAUGUAUACACACACUUAUGACCGACCAUUUCGAUGUACUAGUGAAAUGUUUUCUUCAAGCCAACACACCAUAUGCAUCUCUCUUUUACCCUAUACCAUGUUCUCUCUUCGUUUUUUUUUUCGUUGAUAUUGUUGCUUUCGUUCGUUGUUGUGGCACACCAUUGCUUCGGAUUGUCUGCUAUUUUCUUCUAUUUAUCUCAUUCGCAACUCGACGGUGAUGUAUGUGUGUGCAAUAUACGAUUGUUUCUCUGUUACUACUCUCUACAACCGUUGCUGUUGCUGCUGCUGUUGCUGCUGCUGUUGCUUGUCUGUGCCUCACACAACAACAAAAACGCGCGGCAAAUGAAUGCUCGAACAAGCGUGAAGCUUCAACAAAAACAUGAACAAAUACUAGUCAUAUUCGUUAAAGUCUCUCUCUCUAGACAUCAAAAUUAUUCGGUUUAAGUAGCGCAGUCAGUCCCAGUAUACGAACGAGCGAAGAUUCAUUUUAGUUGACGACUAUUUUAAUUUAAUUUUUCUUUUUCAUUCGUAUCAUUUUUAUUUUCUGUUCGGGAACAGCACCCGUACGAGUCUGUUAACUUUCAGUUAUUGUUGUGUAUCAGUAUAUCUGGUGUGCGAAUAGUUAAACAUACAGAUUUCAGUGCAUAUCGAUAGUUUCAACUGUGUUGAGAUAAACAAUACACGCCGACCAUCAAAAUGAAUGUUCGAAAAUCAACAAUCGUCUGGUCAGCCGCACUAAUUGUGUUAUUGAGUAAUGUUAAUGUUGACGCAGGAAAGAGUCCACGUCGCGGUGGCAACAAAGUGAAAACCCCGAACUACGAUCAUGUGGCGUUAACUCAUGGUGUCUCACAUAGCCAUAAAAAUACUCCUCAUCAACAGCCCGCACAGCAACAUCAUCAUCAGCCCGUGCAACAUCAGCCCGUCCAACAACAACAAGCCCAUCAACAAUUUGCACCAAGUGCGCCGGCAUUGCCCAAUAAUAAUAACAACAACCAUCCAGUUGGAUGGAAUAUACCCUCACAUAAUACACCCGAACAAGUGAGAACGGCAUCCAACACACAUUCAGCUUUGCCAUAUCCGGCUCAUCCACAAAAUUCGCAGCAUUCACCGCCUUACACACCAAAUGCAAAUACUGGCUUCAAUGGACCACCUCCACCAUAUUCAGCUAAUCCUGCAGUGAAUUCACACGUUCCUGCAGGACCACCACCACCCUACUCACAACAAAACCCGAAUGCUGGAUUCCAUGCGAAUGAUCCAACGGGACAUCAACACCCACCAGCAUACCAGCCAAAUGGAGCCGCUUACCCAAUGCAUAAUGCAGGCGGAAACUAUCCUCAACAGCCUUAUAAUGGUCAUCCAGCUGGCGGAUAUCCACAACAAAGCUACGCUCCACAAGGUCAACAGGCACCGGUGAUCAACAAUUUCUAUGGACAACCGCAAGCGGGAGUACCUCAACCAUCGGGCGGCGGAGGUGGUGGAUUCCUCCAAACAUUGGCAGGUGCUGCAGCUGGAAGCAUAGCUGGAAAUGCGAUUUAUGGCGCAUUGAAACCAGAUAGCGAACACAAAACCGUUAUCGUUCAUGAAAAUGCACCUGCACCAGCCGCUGCCCCGGCCGCUGCACCAGCUGCUCCAAUUGCUCCAGUUGCUCCAGUUGCUCCAGUUGCUCCAGUAGCUGGAGGUGAAACGACCACAGUCGUGGCACCAGCCAAUCCAGCCGUAGGUCAACCAGCUGUUCAACCUGUACCACCUCAGACUCAAACUGAAGUACGUAGUGGCGUAGGUGAUACAGUCCCAUUGGCUCCAAUUGUACCGCUAGCUCCCUUACCAGAGCAAGCACCCAAUGGAAUCCCAUUGGCUCCAAUGCCCGAUAUCACCACAAAUGUACCAAGCACAAACGCAACGAGUAGUAUGGUACCCAACCAAACAUUAAUUUCGCCAACAACUGUGCCACUUGCACCAUUCCCUGACCAUCAAAAAGCGAGCGCCACCACAUUUGCGAUAUUCAACAUUUCAGUGUACACAGUAGUUUCAAUUACUAUCGCAAGCCUAUUCUAGGCAAACUAAAAAAAAAUCUCCAGUCAUCUAAACCAAUUUCACAGCAUCCAUAACUUUGCAUAUGUUUAAGUGUUUUAGCUCUUAUUCAAUUCUCAAUCUGUUUCGCGUUUACUGCAGUAUGAUUUUCAUAAUCCAUAUUACUUUUCAUGUUCAUAGUGGCUAUCGAAUGAAUUCCAACGACGAAACAGCAGAAAAGAAAUCGCUUGGAUUGUCAAGGAUAAAUCCAUGCGAUUUACUGGAGACAUUUAAUUAACGCCUUUUUUAAUCGUCAUAUGUUUUUAUUGUUUAGUUUCAAAUCAACACCUCCUUCCUAUUCCUGAUACCAAACCGUAAUAAAUGCUAAAUAACCGUUGAUAAUGUCAUAUUUAAUGACAAUUUCGAAGCAAAUUCUAUCGAUUAAAUUGAAAAUCGAUUGUGAAAUGAGCACGAUGCGAGCCAUUUAAAAUAGUUUGGAAGGCAAUUUUCUAACUAAUUGAUACGAUUGAGAAAUGCUUUUGAAUAACAACAACAACAACGAAACGAAAUGCUGUUCGAAUAGAAUAUAUAAGUGUGUGUGGAGGUGUUGAAUGACUUAAUCUCACAUUUUAACUGUAGAAUACGCGUCACAUCAAAGUUAUGGUCUGAAGAAAUUGAAAAAAAACGAAACAUCACGAAAGAGAGAGAGAGAGAGAGAGAGAGAGAGAGAGAAAGAGAGAGAGAGAGAGAGAAUAAAAGCAAAUACGUCAAUCACAUAAACGAAUUCAAUGGAUCCCAUUAUAUGUAAUAUAUAUGUGUGCUUGCUCACUGAACUCAGCCACCCGAUUCGAUUCAUACAGAGAUGAAUCGAAUUGUUUCAUGACAACAGAGUUUCCGUUUUUGUGUCAUCAACAACUUUAAUUUAAUUUUCUCAGAAUUCAAAAGGCACAUGACUCAAAAAAGAUACUAAGACAAUAUCCGAUUUCUAUUUCUUGAAUCUUCCGGAAUCGUCUCGAAUUUUUUGCUCUUCUCAACCGAAUAUAAUUAGUGUGAAUUAAAAACCGAAUAAACAAAACGGAACGGUUGUGAAAUUUUAGCGAUAGUGUAAAUUGAGUAAUUUUAUAUAUGUACCGCCCCCCGAUGUAUCAUCGUCACCUGAGAUGAUAUGAAUAGUAUGUGUAUGUUAGUUCAAAAUCGAAUCCUCUCUGUCGCAUCACCCUCGUAGAGCAAGAGUUGGUAUUUAUUGCGCCGUAAUUUUGCCGUUGUUCUUUGUUUUAGUUCAAUAAUGUGAUACCGCCGAUCUGUUGAGAUUGCAUUUCGCAGAACGGUUACCAGCCAGAUAACCUGAUGAUAUAUAAAUACACAUCGAUUCAAAAUGAAAUGUUGAUGAUUUUCGACCCGUCGGUUGUACUGCACUCAACUUGUUUUCGUUUUAUUUUUUCUUUCAAAACAAAAGAAUAACGUACAGAUAAUGAAUGUCCAAUUUUCUCCGUAGCAAUAAGUAAAUAAGAGAAAAAAAAAGAAUUUAGAUUGAUUUUCUACUACCACUCAACAGCACGUGUGUAACAAUAAAUUGAAGGAAAAAAAAAACAGAAACAAAAAAUUUAAAGAAAACUUUUGGAAACAAAUCAAA